UCUUUCUCCCUUACCGUCCUGGCGAGAAGGACGCACUAGCUGGCGCAGCAGCCUCUCCGCUCUGCCUGUCAAUUACUACAGUGGUGUCGCUAGUCAGACUCCCGAGCCCUCUCCCGUGACUUUCUCUGCAUCGUUGAGCUGCUCACGCCAGAAUGAACGGCCCGGUGGACGGAUUGUACGACGCUGAGCACUAUGGUUCCUUCAUGUUCACCUCUGAGUCCGUGGGGGAGGGACAUCCAGACAAGAUCUGCGACCAGAUUAGCGACGCUGUGCUGGACGCUCACCUAAAGCAGGACCCAGAUGCCAAGGUGGCCUGUGAGACAGUCUGUAAGACGGGCAUGGUGCUACUCUGCGGGGAGAUCACAUCUCGGGCCAAUGUGGACUACCAGAAGAUUGUGAGAGAGACCAUCAGGCAAAUCGGCUAUGACAACUCAGAGAAAGGUUUUGACUAUAAGACCUGCAAUGUUCUGGUGGCUCUGGAGCAGCAGUCGCCCGACAUCGCCCAGGGUGUUCACAUCGACCGGAUGGAGAGUGACAUCGGAGCUGGAGACCAGGGCCUGAUGUUCGGCUACGCCACUGAUGAGACAGAGGAGUGCAUGCCUCUCACCAUUGUCCUCGCCCACAAACUCAAUGCCAAGAUGGCUGAGCUGAGACGGAACGGCACAGUCCCCUGGCUCCGCCCUGACUCCAAGACCCAGGUGACAGUUCACUACACCCAGGAGAACGGGGCAGUGAUUCCUCGCAGAGUUCACACCGUGGUCAUCUCAGUGCAGCAUGACGACUAUGUGAGCCUGGAGGAGCAGAAGCACGUGCUCAAGGAGAAGGUCAUCAAGGCUGUUGUUCCGGCCAAGUACCUGGAUGACAACACGGUCUAUCACUUGCAGCCCAGCGGACGUUUCGUCAUCGGUGGGCCCCAGGGCGACGCGGGAGUGACCGGUAGGAAGAUCAUCGUGGACACAUAUGGCGGCUGGGGUGCCCACGGGGGCGGGGCCUUCUCCGGUAAGGAUUACACCAAGGUGGACCGGUCCGCCGCCUACGCUGCGCGCUGGGUUGCCAAGUCCCUGGUCAAGUCUAACCUGUGCAGGAGGGUGCUGGUGCAGGUGUCCUACGCCAUCGGAGUGUCCGCGCCACUGUCCAUCUCCCUGUUCACGUACGGCUCCUCCCAGAAGAGUGAGAAGGAGUUGCUGCAUAUCGUCAACAAGAACUUUGACCUCCGACCUGGGUUCAUCGUCAGAGACCUAGACCUGAAAAGACCCAUCUACCAGAAGACGGCCUGCUACGGCCACUUUGGCAGGAAAGAGUUUCCCUGGGAAGUGGCCAAGAACCUCAACUUCUAGUUUGUUGCUGGGGCUGUGUUGAUGACACGGGCAGGUGUCUCACGUGUUGCUGUUACCCAGUAUGCAACAGCCAAGCUGGCAGCUGUUAGGGGUACUGGGAGGGUGGACACCGGUGGGGUAAAGGGGAGUGUACUCUCUCUUGCUUUCUUAUUGGAUAAAUGAAAACCCUCUGUCAUAAAACGGGAUAGGGCUACAAAGGGGAGGUGGCUAUGAUUCAUAACAUCAACUGCUCUCCCUUCCGCCCAGCUCAAUGGUCAUCAAAUUUGUGAAAUGGCUUGUCGAUAUUUUUAACAUGCAGUACAUCCCCC